GGCUUGACUCCGGGUGCAGCCACGUUGGACUUGGGGGAACCCUGCCUAGAGGCCACUCCCAGCCCCACAAUGCAUUGCGUGGCGCGUCACUCGGAGCUCCCGGCCCAGGCUCGACAGGUCUUCACCAUUGGUUGAAAUGUCUGUGAUUUUAUCUGCCUCAGUUGUUCGUGUCAGAGAUGGACUACCACUUUCUGCUUCUACGGAUUAUGAACAAAACACAGGAAUGCAGGAGUGCAGAAAGUAUUUUAAAAUGCUCUCGAGAAAACUUGCUCAACUUCCUGAUAGAUGUACACUGAAAACUGGACAUUAUAACAUUAAUUUUAUUAGCUCUCUGGGAGUGAGCUACAUGAUGUUGUGCAGUGAAAAUUACCCAAAUGUUCUCGCCUUCUCUUUCCUGGAUGAGCUUCAGAAGGAGUUCAUUACUACUUAUAAUAUGAUGAAGACAAAUACUGCUGUCAGACCAUACUGUUUCAUUGAAUUUGAUAACUUCAUUCAGAGGACCAAGCAACGAUAUAAUAAUCCCAGGUCUCUUUCAACAAAGAUAAAUCUGUCUGACAUGCAGGUGGAAAUCAACCUGAGGCCCCCUUAUCAAAUUCCUAUGUGUGAACUGGGGCCAGCCAAUGGAGUAACAUCUGCAUUUUCUGUUGAUUAUAAAGGUGCUGGUAAGAUUUCUUCUGCUCACCAGCGACUGGAACCAGCAACUCUAUCAGGGAUUGUGGCAUUUAUCCUUAGUCUUUUAUGUGGAGCUCUGAAUUUAAUUCGAGGGUUUCAUGCCAUAGAAAGUCUCCUACAGAGUGAUGGUGAAGAUUUUAAUUACAUCAUUGCAUUUUUCCUUGGAACAGCAGCCUGCCUCUACCAGUGUUAUUUACUUGUCUACUACACCGGGUGGCGGAAUGUCAAAUCUUUUUUGACUUUUGGCUUAAUCUGUCUAUGCAACAUGUAUCUCUAUGAACUGCGCAACCUCUGGCAGCUUUUCUUUCAUGUGACUGUGGGAGCAUUUGUCACACUGCAGAUCUGGCUGAGGCAAGCCCAGGGCAAGGCUCCUGAUUAUGAUGUCUGACACCCUCCUUCAGAUGUAUUGCCUUGGCUUCAGGCAGAAAAGGAGGAGACAUAUCUUAACUGCCACUGUGAUGUAGAAACCAGUCAGCACAAAUGAGAAGCUCUGCGUUCUUUUUCUCCAAUUUUCCUUGUUUUUAAAUCAGCAUGGCAUGCCUGAGAGCAUGCAAGACCUGCUGGGAAACUCCUCUCUGAAGAAUUUUGGCAGUGAGCUUAUCUAGAGGAGGAGAAGCCUUGUCUCUUCACGGCCAUAAGAGUGGAAGAAGUCACAUUGCACUAGAAGGCCUGGCUGGCUGUCCUGAGUCCUCACCGGAGCUAAGUCAAAACAGAUGUGGAAUUGCUCUGAGGACCAAGCAGGCACUGCACCCUGAGUUUGCCUUUGUGAGGCAUUACAAUAGACCAAAUAAAAAGAUGCUGUAGAAAUUGGAAAGUACAUGUUUUAAAGCAAAUGACUGUGUUAAGUAUCAGAUUAUUUGUACCUUUAUAGUACCAAGAUGUUAUGAGUUCAGGGUGGUAUGGAAUUGCUUCUUUUACUGUUCUGUUUUUGCCUGAGUCCUAACUCUGGAAAUUACUUGAUGUAGGAGAAAGCUGUGGUGUGUUUGUCUUUGGAACAUCACAAGUAUUGAAAAUACAGCGAUGUAUAUUUUCUUUCUAAACUGUGUUUUUUGUUUCUUUUGAAAUCACUUCUUCAAAAUAUGAUUCGCUAGACUAUAAUCAUUGUUUCCCAAACUUUGAUCACUUGGGUACUAUAUACUCUACUUACUUUAUAUUUAUCUUUUAAAUUUUAAAGUAUUUUAAAAAGAAACAAAUUCUUCUCUAAGAAGAAAACCAGUGGCAGUUUGCCAUAAAUAAAAAGUGACCAGGCAGGGGAUUUAGCUCAGUGGUUUCUCUGCCUGCUGUGCAAGCUCAAGAACCCGAGUUCGAUCCCCGGUACCAAAAAAAAAAUUAAACUCAAAUAAAAAGUGACCACAAAAUAAAUAAAAUUAAUACAAAAAAAUGUUUCUAAGUUUUAGCUAGAUACUAAUGCCUGCCACAGCUCUGGACUAAAAAGCCUGUACUUUGUGAAAGAGCUUACCUGCCCCAAAAUGAGACUCUGUGGAGUUAUCAGAGGAUAAAAGAACAUUCUAAAGGCCAUGACAUUCUCACUGUGACUCAGCAUUACUUCUGUGUCAUGCGCCACCUAAAACUAUCUUGUCUGCCAGCCAUGCUAUGGACCUGACUAUGAAAAUACUGGACUGUAUGUACUAGGAAUCAGAAGGUGGAUCUUCUCCCAGCAGAGUCCAGCCUGGAAAAGUGCAUGACUCUAUUUCCAGUUGGGCCAUGUCUGGAGUCCUGUUAGGCUGCUGCUUGGUCAGGGGUCCACAGAGACCAGAAAUUUGCCAUCGAGACUUCACUGCCAUGCCUCAGAGAACGCAACUCUGUUUUCCUGAGUGUAGAGGCAUCGAAUCAGCCUUAUUGGUGUUCUGGCCUGCUAUGAGGUCCUGGCCGACUGCAGCCUUCAGGUUAAGCCUUCACGUCUCAAAGAGAAGAUACAGCUAUGGCUGCCACUCUUGCAAGAUCUUUUUGGUGGCCAAGCUUUCUAGGUUUAUUUAGCAGUUGAAAUCACAAUAAAUUUGGAAACAUUGUGUGAUCAGAA